CUACUUUCACGAACGCUCCUCUUUUCAUCACCCCAAAUUUCCCGCUCUAUAUCUCAAAACAUUUCACCAUUAUCUUCUUCUAAUCUUUACUCAGAUUACCAAAACAUAACGGAAAAAAUGGCUGUUGAAACAGUUGCACCAACGCCGGCACCGUCGCCAACCCCCACACACGAAGAAGAACAGGCACAAGCACAAGAACUAGCACCUGAACCUAAUAAUAAUAUUGCAGAAACAAUUGCAGCUGAUAAUGACGUGAUCGCGGCCGCCGCGGUGGUCGUCGUCACGGCCGAGAACAAUGGACAUGCAUUACAAAAGAAGAACAGAAUUCAAGUUUCUAAUACCAAGAAACCGCUUUUCUUUUAUGUCAAUCUUGCUAAGAGGUAUAUACAACAACAUAAUGAGGUUGAGCUUUCUGCUUUGGGGAUGGCAAUCACAACCGUUGUCACAAUUGCUGAGAUUUUGAAGAACAACGGAUUAGCUACUGAGAAGAAAGUCUUGACAUCCACAGUAGGCAUGAAAGAUGAAAACAAAGGAAGAUUAGUUCAAAAGGCGAAGAUCGAGAUAGUACUGGGAAAGUCUGAGAAAUUUGACAGUUUGAUGGAAGCUGCAAAUCCGACAACGACAACAACAACAACCACCGAGGCAGAACCAGAAACCAAAGACAAAGAAUGAGCAAUUGGUGUGAUAUUUUUGUAGUUCUAUGUCUGUCCACAUAUUUCUAAUUUUUGUAUCUUCAAUUAAUAUAUACAGUUUAUAAUUAAUUAGGGGUACUGCACAUAUGUAUGUGCCUAAUUCUAUUCAUUUUUGUAAUUUAUUAUCUUUCAGAAUGAUUGAUUUUUGUUGGGUUGAUAUGAACUAAAACUUUUUUUCUA